GAAGAGACCAAAAAAGAUAUUGUCCUCCAAUUGGUAUCCGACGGACUCUUCUUCGUUGACUUCAAGUCCAGAAGAGAGCGAAGACUACAAAAGGCUGUCAAUGAAUACAAAGCAGCGCAGGACAGCGCCAAGAAGAAGAGGUUGAAUAUCUGGCAGUACGGAGACAUCACCGAAGAUGACGCCAAAGAGUUCGGUUAUUCCAAGGCCUGAUAAUUUCCUCCACAGCCAAUCGAAUCGUUGAUAAAAUCUAUUAUUCUUUAAUUUUAAUAAAAUGAGAUAUAAUUCUAUAAAUAAUGAUUACUAUUAUUUGAGAUUUACUUUUAAAUCAUUUAAAGCGACCAUUGAAUGCAAAGUCAUUUAACUUGGAAAUAAUGCAACAUAUUUUGAAUUUAUAGUUUUGAUUCGGUUUUUAAAAUAUACGACAAUGUGUUCCAUAAUAUGUUUUUAUGACAAUUGAGUUUCUGUUAAUAAAAAGUAUAAAGUUUUGUAACAAA